CGGCCUAACCUCGCAAGGGGGCGGACGCGUUACGGGCGCUCUCACCUCCAUCAGUGGCUCACCGCGUGGCGCACAAAGAGAACGAAAACGGAACUGAUUGUCGCUGUUGUUGUUCUUUGGUGUUACGGAAAGAGAGAUAAUUCGAUGUCCGUCGCUGCUGCUGUUUGAAGACCUAAGAAGAAUGGUUGCACUUGUGAUUUCUUAACUAGUUUUACGUGUUACUUAACUUGACUUAGAGAGGAAUUUAAGCAAACGUGUGCGACUUGUAAGUUAUGAAGACUCGGUUACUUGGAUACUUCUAAAUCUGACUCUGCAACGGUUGAACUUAAACGACCUUGAAGGUGUAUUUUUAAAGGGCCCUGCAAGAGUAUAUUUAAAGGGCCAUCUGCAGCGUGCCUCUCCAAAGGGGUUUGAUAGAAGAGGCUGCGAGUGAGGGAGUGAGAAGGGAGGGAGGGAGGGAGGGGAGAGGAGAGGAGGGAAGGAUGGAGAGCAGCAAGAAAGUGGAGUGCGAGGUGGGGGACGUCCAUCAUGUUCUCUACCACAGCUCCGCCAGCCUCCACCAAGUUCUACGCACGCGAGUCGUGGAGCGCGGAACAGGUCGUGAUGGGCGUGUGUUCCCCUACGUGGCUCACUAUCUCACUACAGGCGACAUGUUGUACCCGGUUCAUGAGGGCGAGGCAAUGGUGACGCGGCUUAUGCAGGAGCUGACCCGACUUGACCUCGUGCAAGACCUACUCAGACACCCCCUGCUGCCCCCCUCCUCCGCCUCCUCCUCCUCCUCCUCCUCAUCAUCAUCAUCAUCGUCAUCACUAUCUGGGUCUCACAAUUCUCAGAAGGAAAACGGCAAGGCGGGGGCGGCGCGGCUUGGCGGGGGUGACACUCUUAAAGUCAACACCAGGCGGCGCCACCCUCUGUCCUUCUCCUCUCUCCUCACCCACCUCCUGCCCGCCUCCACGCACUCCACCUCCGUCUACCGCCCACCCUCAAACAAGAGGCAGGGCAGCACGCUCGUCGUCGUGGCCCGCAGCGCUCUCAGGCUCCGCGAGGUGGUGGUGCACGGGCCGAGGGGGGAGCUGGCGCGCGUGUUCCCCGAUGACCCGCUCCAGCCCGCUGCCGCCCCCGCCCACGCAGCCCUGGACGCCCGUGUCACCCCCUCCCCGCCCGCAGACUCCACGCUCUCCCCCGCCCACGCCGCCCUCAGUGCCCUGGCGGAGAAGGGCUACACGCCGACCGUCAGGUCAUCAUACGUGUGCAAUCAAAGCGGCGCCCUCAUCACCCAGUGGCUUGUAUACCGACGGCGCGGCGGCAGAAGGAAAGGAGGGUCAGGAGGAAGCACUAAAGGAGGCACUCUCAAAGCCGCCUCCUCCUCCUCCUCCUUCGGCCCAUAUGCGAAGCUCUCCGGCACCCUCUCAGCCGCCUCCACUUCAUCUCUCUUCUCCUCCUCUUCCACCUUCCCUAGUUUACGUCGGGCCUCAUCCGCGACUGAUCUAGCGAGCGUUUCCACCUCCUCCUCCUCCUCGUCCUCCUCCUCCUCCUUCUCCACGUCCUCCUCCUCCUCCUCUUCCUCGAGUAUGACGAUGAAAGGGCGACUCAAGGCUCGCAGUAAAUCGAUCCUGACACUCCACAAUCCACCUCCUCGACCUUCCCUCACCCUCAAACGUCUGCUGAGUGUGUUCUUCUGAUGACCUGCCUGCUUACCUGUCUACCUGCUCAUAUAUCUGACUCCCUGCUUCCCUGCUGUACACACAUAUCCUAACACUCAACAACCUUCCCCCUCGACCUUCCCUCACCCUCAAACGUCUGCUGAGUGUGUUCUUCUGAUGACCUGCCUGCUUACCUGUCUACCUGCUCAUA